AUGCGGAUGGAUGUAAACGGUGAGAAGGUUUGUAACCUCAUUUUCAAGACGAUUUCCAAGCGGCAAAUGAAGAGAUGUGAUUCAGAUACUAUAUAUGAAAUCAUAAGUGCUAUCAGGGCACCAUGGUUUGUGCCCCAUUUCGUUAGAAGAUCGGAUAUUAACUUGGACACAUUAGCUGAAGUUGUGAUGAACACAGAUAAACGAUUCCCCGGUUAUCAUGAAUUCAUUGUCUCCGAAGUUAUUAGAGAAGUUAAAAUCAUACUUGCUGAUCUUCCGAGAGGGGAUUUAAGUGAAUCGAAGUUGACGUAUUUAAAGAAGCUAGGCAGAUUUCUGGGGUUGGUGACUCUAACCCAAAAUAGACUAGUUUUUGACAAGGAUUUAGACAUGAAGGCGCUUACACAAGAUGCGAUUUUGGCGGGCAAGGAUGAUAUUCUCCACGUUCUCCGAUUCAUGACCCAAUUUCUAAAAGGUCUGAAUGGCUCACUUAUACGACCGUACAAUCCUUAUGUGAUACGUCUUUUGCGACCUUUGAAAUGCCUCUAUGACCAGAGCUCUACAGAUUGUAGUAUUAAAACGGAGGUAAGAUGCAUUAAUUCAUUAAUAAGUUUUGAGAUCGAUACGCUGUGUGAAGCCAUUGGGAUAAAGAUUGGAGAGAUUUUGGAUAUUAAAGCUGAGGCAAGCGGUAUCACUUCAAUGACAACUUUUAAGGCUAACGUGUCUGGACAAAGUACCGAAUUCAGCUCUGAUUCAGAGGUGGACUCACUAAAAGAAAUGCCCUAUAUUGGUUAUGAGGUCAGUGUUUAUUUUUUUAAAUUAAUUAUAUUUAUUUAUUUACAUAAAAUGGCAGGCGUCUUGAUGGUUAUCAUUAGCCCUUUAGUGGACUUCAGGCUUCACAGAGGGGAAGGAACAUCGAAUUGA